UGCGACCCUUUGAACCGAAGCCGUUACUGUUUAAAAUUCAGCGUCAUAAUAAUUUUAAAUUUUAACAAAGUAGGUGGUGAUUGUAUUAAAAAAAAAAUGGUUUUUGAUAUUAACAAUAAGGUGGCGCUUGUUACGGGGGGUGCCUCAGGGAUCGGAUUACGGUAUUCCAAGGAAUUACUUAGGAAUGGAGCAAGAGGAGUUACUUUAGCUGAUGUUGACUCAGCUCAUGGUAAAAAUGCUUUGGAAGAAAUCGAAGCGGAAUUUGGUCCAAACAAAGUAAUUUUUGUUCAAACCGAUGUUACCAAUAAAGACCAAUUUGAAGAUGCAUUCAAAAAAACCAUUGAAACUUUUAAAAAUGUGGACAUUCUUUUUAAUAAUGCGGGUAUUUUAAACGAUGCUAUUUGGGAAAAGGAAGUAGCUAUAAAUGUGAAUGGCACAAUAAACGGAAUACUUCUCGCGCAGGACAAUUACAUCGCCAAAUAUAAAUCCGGUGAGGAAGGGGCAAUAAUUAAUAUUUCAUCCAUUGCUGGAGUCGACAAAUUUCCUGUCAUACCAAUUUACACCGCAACCAAGUUUGCCGUUCAUGGAUUGACGAUUUCGUUUGGCGACGAAUAUCACUACAAACGCAACAAAGUCAAAAUUAUUGGAGUUUGUCCUGGAGUCACUCACACCCCAUUGAUCACCCAAAUAAGCGGGAGGAAUUUAGGGCCGGAUUAUGAACCUUUGCUGCAGGAUCUACUGACAAGCUUGCCAAUACAAAGCCCAGAGCAAUGCGCUGAUGGGGUAAUAAAGGCUUUAAAGAUUGCACCAAGUGGUACAAUGUGGGUGGUAGAAGCUGGCAAUCCCCCUUAUGAAUAUGUACUUCCAAACAGAGAAACUUUUAAUAAAUAAAUUGUAUAAUUGU